AAAAAAUAUAUAAACUCUAAACCUCUACUUUUCAAGACUAUUAUUAACCAGGUAGCUAAUAUCCAUACUAUAAUUAAUACUGGGUACCUCAUAUAUAGUAUUAUUAAUCUAAAAUAUAUAAGGAAGAACAAGCUAGACUUAACUUUAAUUAUUCUAAUUCUA